AUGGCGGACAAGUUGUCUGACGAAGAGCUGGUCGAACAACUGGCGAAAUAUGGAGAGAAAAUCAAGCUGCCCCUUACUGGUAACCGGCGAUCGAUUCUUCGUAAGAAACUCAAUCAUCUUCUGGCCAAAAACCGGCGAAGAUCGGCACCGGCUAGACAGAGAACGUCUCGCAAUGACCUGUCCAGCUUUAGCUCUGAUGACACUGAUUCUGAGUGCAUAAGCGCGGCGGCUGGGGUGGUUUCUCCUUCUUCAGCCGGCUUCACCGGUUCGGCAUCGUCCUAUUCCCCAUCCAUACCGGUUGCUAGUGUUUCUAGAGCCACUCGAAUGUCUAGCUCAGUUGCCAGUAUCAAUUCUAGUAACACUACUAGUAGUCCUAAGUCACCACAGUACCAUGAUAGAAGAAGCUCUACAUCCAAUCAUAAAAAAGAUACCCGGCACCCGCCGUCGUCUUCGUCUCCUGCCUCAGCAAAUAUUCCUAAUAACACUGCCGCAGUGGCUUCUUCGCCGUAUUCUGGGUGGCACAACACAACCCCUCAAUCUUUAAUGAUGCAUUCAUCUCUUUAUAGCCCCACGUCUUCAACGCCGCAAGCUCUAAAAUCGGCUAUCAAAAGCAGUUCAACUACUACAACUGCUACUAAUAAAUAUGGUUACAACGUAACUAUUCCUUAUGGCGCAUCACAGUCUCCUUCUGUUUGUUCUUCAAGUUUGGUCGACGGUGCGAUCAGAAAUAGCGGCUACCCCAAUCAUCAUCCUCAUCACCUUCAUUCACAACAACAGCAAGCCCUCCACUCGAGGGUUCACCCUUCUCCUCAUCAUACCCGGGGUGGAAGAAGUAGUAGCCGUGCUGUGGCCGCUGCUGUUGCAGCAGCCGCGGCGGCCCCCAAAAAAUCCAGACCAGGAACAACAAUUUUUGAAUCCAGUGAUUCUGACAUUAGCCUCGAAGAUGAUGACGAUGAUGAAGACGACGACGAUGACGAUGAAGACGAGGAAGAUGAUGACGAUGUGAAGACCUCGACCCUCAAGUCGACCAUGAUGUCGUCUUCGGCCUAUUCCCCUUUCCAGAAUUCAGACAACAGGGCCAAGUACUCGACAACAGUCAACAGGAGCCCAACGUCUAAGAUUCUAAAGGAAUUCAGACAGAAUUACACAAAGACGCGGAAAAACCCUUACAAGCCCGGUACAAAUUCGUGGGACCCUUAUUUACUGAUUGGCAGUGAGGGUCCCUUCAGAGAAAGGAAUUCACAUUGUGUAUCUUGGGUCCUACCUAUUGUUGCCGCACUCUUCUUUCUUAUUCUGGGGAUCGUUUAUGUUAGAAAUUGGAAUAACAAUGGAGCCCUUCCUGAAAAUAACGAAGCUUUUGUUAGAAUACAAGCAUUAUGCGAUAGUAAGAAUAAAAUCUUUGCAGAAUGCAAGACUUCCGAUAUUGAUAAUGUUCUAAAGCUUCUGAAAAUGAUAUAUGAAGACCUCAGUGAUAGAUAUGGAAAAGUAGAGUGUGGAUAUAAAACAAAUGACAAAAGCAAGAGAAUCUCCAUUGUUAACUUACAUCAACAAAUUGCAAAGAACAUGAAUGAAGAUGAUACGUUUUUCUUUUCCUUUUCUUUUUCUUUUUCUUUUCUUUUCUUUUUUUUUUUCUUUUCUUUUCUUUUCUUUUCUUUUUUUUUUUCUUUUCUUCUUUCUCUUUUUUCUUUCUUUUUCUUUUUUCUUUCUUUUUCUUUUUUCUUUCUUUUUCUUUUUUCUUUCUUUUUCUUUUUUCUUUCUUUUUCUUUUUUCUUUCUUUUCUUUUUUUUCUUUUCUUUUUUUUUUUUUUUCUUUUUUUUUUUUCUUUUUUCUUUUUUUCUUUUUCUCUUUUUCUUUUCUCUCUUUUCUUUCUCUCUCUUUUUUUUUUUCUCUUUUUUUUUUUUUUUUUCUUUUUUCUUUCUUUCUCUUUUUUCUUUCUCUCUUUUUUCUUUCUCUCUCUUUUUUCUUUCUUUUUUUUCUCUCUCUUUUCUUUCUCUCUCUUUUUCUUUCUCUCUCUUUUCUUUCUCUCUCUUUUUCUUUCUCUCUCUUUUUCUUUCUCUCUCUUUUUCUUUCUCUCUCUUUUUCUUUCUCUCUCUUUUUCUUUCUCUCUCUUUUUCUUUCUCUCUCUUUUUCUUUCUCUCUCUUUUUCUUUCUCUCUCUUUUUCUUUCUCUCUCUUUUUUUUCUCUCUUUUUCUUUCUCUCUCUUUUUUUCUUUCUCUCUCUUUUUCUUUCUCUCUCUCUUUUUCUUUCUCUCUCUUUUUUCUCUCUCUUUUUUCUUUCUCUCUUUUUUCUUUCUCUCUCUUUUUUCUUUCUCUCUCUUUUUUCUUUCUCUCUCUUUUUUCUUUCUCUCUCUUUUUUCUUUCUCUCUCUUUUUUCUUUCUCUCUCUUUUUUCUUUCUCUCUCUUUUUUCUUUCUCUCUCUUUUUUCUUUCUCUCUCUUUUUUUUCUCUCUUUUUUUUUCUCUCUUUUUUUCUUUCUCUCUUUUUUCUUUCUCUCUCUUUUUUCUUUCUCUCUUCUCUUUUCUUUCUCUCUCUUUUUCUUUCUCUCUCUUUUUUUCUCUCUCUCUUUUUUUCUUUCUCUCUCUUUUUUUCUUUCUCUCUCUUUUUUCUUUCUCUCUCUUUUUUUCUUUCUCUCUCUUUUUUCUUUCUCUCUCUUUUUUUCUUUCUCUCUCUUUUUUCUUUCUCUUCUUUCUUCUCUCUCUUUUCUCUCUUUUCUCUCUUUUCUCUCUCCUUUUUCUCUCUUCUUUUUUUUCUUUAAUGAAGAUUGGGGAAUCAGACCUGUUACAGCUGAUGGCAACAAUGCAACACAAAUAGAUGAUGUUAAGUAUUUGGAAAGUUAUAUCCCCAGUAUGAACUUUGUCUGUCGUCUUCGCAGAGCUGUUGUGCGGAUGAUUUACCAACUUCUUUUAGGCUUCCUUGGAUUCAUCUUCCUGAUUCUUUUAUUCCGAUUUUAUUUGAGAAAACGGAGGAACUCUGAAGAAGAACAACGCCAGGUUUAUGAAAUGGUGGAAAAAAUAAUUGAUAUUCUGAAAUGUCACUGUGAAGCCAUGGCUCGACAAGAUGAUGAUGCAUAUUUGGCAGUUCAACAUGUAAGAGAUCAGCUUCUGCCUCCUGCUCAUAGAAAACAAUUACUGUCUACUUGGGAGAAAGCUGCCAAAUUUAUUGAAGAUAAUGAAUCUCGAAUCCGGUUAGAAACUCGGGUUAUUGAAGGGGAGGAGUUUCAGGUGUGGCGAUGGCUACCAAAUUUGAAUAAUGGUGGAAAAAUAUGGCAAGGCCAAGCUUUUGGAGAACAUGAUGAUGCUGGUACUCCCCCCUACAGCCCCACACCCUGUUUGAAAGUUCGAAACAUGUUUGAAGUUGACAUGGAGGAAGGUGAAAACUGGCAUAUCAAUAUAGAAGAUGCAAUUUUAGAAAAAUGUAAAAACAUCAGUGGAAUACUUCACAUGUAUGUGGAUAAAAGUUCUCGAGAGGGAUGUGUGUACAUAAAAUGUGACACUUGUGUUACAGCAGGCCAAGUCCAUAGGGCUCUACAUGGCUGGUGGUUUGAUAGACGACUUGUGACAGUGAAGUACCUCCGUCUGGAAUAUUACCAUGAAAGAUUUCCAGACUCUCGGGUGGCAAUUACUCCCAUGCACCCGUCUACAAGUAGUCGGAUGCACUCUCUGUCACAGCCAUUCCAUAAAUCAACUCUGGAGAUGACAUAA